AGUGUGUUAUGUUAGAGAGGAGAGAGAAACAAAGAGAGACAGAUGGCGAAAGUCUUGUUGGCCUUGGUACAAUCCGUCUCCCUCCCUCAACAAACAAACAAAGAAAGCUUGUUGUUGAGCACAACUCAGAGGAGGAAGAGGAGCUAGCUCAUCUUGGUCUGGUGUUAAUCCCAAACCUAAGCCCACAACUCUCUCUCUCUCUCUCUCUCUCUCUCUCUGCUCCUUCAAAUAAAUUUUCUGUUGUUUCUUGAAUUUUUUCGUGGGUUUCUCAAAUGUUAUGAUGCUAUGGAACAACAAAGUAUAAUGAAGAGAGGGGAAUAGAACAAUUUCGAGCUUCUGGGUUUUGUCUUCGUAAUUAAUGGCACACGAUAAACCCAAGAGGCUCUACCAACUUUGGAAGGGAAGCAAUAACUUUUUCUUUGGAGGGAGAUUAGUUUUUGGUCCUGAUGUUGCAUCUCUUACUCUGUCUGUGCUUCUUAUUGCUGUCCCAGCAAUAACCUUUUGUAUAAAGGUUUAUUUUAAACUCCAACAUGUAAUUAAAAAGGAGGACAGUAUUUGGUAUCCUGUAUUAAUUGUCGGCUCAUUGCUUACUGCUUUGGAUUUAACAUUUCUAUUCUUGACAUCUGGUCGAGAUCCUGGGAUAAUCCCUAGAAAUUCAAAUCCUCCUGAAUCAGAUGAAGCAUUUAAUGUAACUACCCCAUCCAUGGAGUGGGUUAACGGAAGAACUCCUCAUCUGAAACUACCGCGAACAAAAGAGGUCAAUAUUAAUGGUCACUCGGUAAAAGUGAAGUACUGUGAUACUUGUUUUCUUUAUCGGCCUCCCCGUGCAUCUCAUUGUUCUAUCUGCAACAAUUGUGUUCAGCGGUUUGAUCAUCAUUGUCCAUGGGUUGGUCAGUGCAUUGGAAUUCGUAACUAUCGAUUUUUCUUAAUGUUCAUAUCAACAUCAACCAUACUGUGCAUAUAUGUGUUCUCCUUCACUUGGGUGAACAUUAUUGAGACCAAGAAUAUCCGGACAGCUAUGUCAAAAGAUAUUCUAUCAGAUUUUCUUUUAGCUUACUGCUUCAUUGCUGUUUGGUUUGUGGGUGGCCUUACAAUUUUCCAUUCCUACUUGAUAUGCACCAACCAGACGACGUAUGAGAACUUCCGGUAUCGUUAUGAUCAGAAGGAGAACCCAUAUAACAAAGGAGUGAUUUGGAACUUCAAAGAAAUUUUUUUCUCCAGCAUCCCUCCUUCAGUGAUUAGAUUCCGAUCAUUCAUUGACACAGAUGAACAGGUGAUUGUAGAAUCCGUAGCCCCAAAUCUUGGAGAAGGUAUUAUGAGCUCAAAAGAGAAAAUUGAUAUUGAAAUGGGAACUGGGAUAGCGGAUGACAAUGGCUUUGCAAUUCCGGAUAUAUUGCGAAAUCUUGAAUUUGUUGAUUAUGAGGAGGAUUUGAAGAAUCAAGGGGAAGAGCAAGAACCUGCUUCGUUUGACUCUUUUCAGCCAGAAGGAAAAGAAUCAUUGAAAUGCUCAAUAAAUAUAGAUGAAAGUAUAGAAUCUGUGCAUAGCUAUACUAUAAGGAAUGAACUUAGAGAAUAUAUCCAGAGUACUAUUUCCUUGGGGGGAGCAAUUGAGAAAGGUGAUUGUGAAAAUAAUUCUCAUGAAACCUUAUAAUAUGUUUUUCAAUCAUGAAGGGUGCG